AGGGUGUACAUGACAAAGUACGAAGAGUAUUACAAGACGGUUGUGAUUCCUGGUUUGGAAACGUACAACCAAGAUCAGAUAUUUUUCUUCGCAUAUGCUAUGACUAUGUGCGAGAAGAUAAGAGGUCGUGCCUUCUACUAUGACCUGCACCCGAAGAAGCUCGUGCCAAACCACCACAGGACAAACCUUGCAUUGAUGAAUUUUGAUAGAUUUGCAAUCGCCUUCGACUGUCCUCUUGGAUCACCGAUGAACCCUGAGCUGAAAUGCGACGUGUACUGAACGUCUUUCAAUCGAAUCUGAUCUUGGAG